AUGUCGCACAUCCUCUCUCUUCCCACUGGGGCCAUCCCGCUCAUAACCGAGAACCCAGCCGUUUCGAGUUCGAUGGAGUCCCGUGGAUCAUGGGCGGAGAGACACCGGGCCUUCCUCGCGCUGUUGCUCUUACUGCGAAACGUCACAUCCAUCGAUUUCAUCCCUUAUUUGGCUGUGCAUCCGGGGCAGAGAUACGGAAACGUGGCGUCCGAAUUUGAGACCGCAACUCUUGGAACGUGCGGCAUAAAAUGCGUGAUGCAGAAACCGACGCCCUGCUACGCCUUCAAUUACCGGGAGACCGACCGCUCGUGUCAUUUGAUCCUCGACGCGAACGGCACACUCAUGGAAGCCGAUGGAUACCGGUCCUUCGUCCAGAGUGAGUCGUUGCCGAUUUGUAUCUUCCGAUUUCGAGAUGUGACCCAGACCACCCUAUUCCCAUACUUAGGGUUAUGUCUCAAAAUGCAUCCCAAGAUCCCGAACGCCAAUGUGUCCUUCGAGGGAUGGAACGGCUCAUACCCAGCCCCAGCAGGCGGCAUCGUCACCUUCCGCUGCCGCCAUCCGAAUGGGUUCACGGACGGCGCUCAUCUCCACACGGCGGAAUGUGCCCCCUUGGAUCCGGAUUCCUGGUGUUUCUCCUUCCAAGAGGGCGAGAAGGUACACGUGUAUCCCGAAUGUCGGCUGACAGAGAAGGGCAGGGAAUACAUAGGAAGGGUGAACGUGACGGAAUCGGGGCGGGGCUGUCUCGACUGGAGAGACUAUCCCUACGGCACGCCGGACGACUUCAACGUCACGGUUGAAGUCAAGGAAUUUCUGGAAUCCAAAUCGCCAUUCGAUCCUGACCGAACGCCGGCGACGAACGCGGCGUUCGAGGUCCACUUCCUCAAUCUGGACUCCUGGUCCCACCAGAACUUCUGUCGGAAUCCGUCCGGGAGGGACAGACCCUGGUGCUUCGUCUCCGACCCUGCAGAGCAAUGGGAAUACUGCGACAUCCCAACGUGCACAGACCCAGUCCCUCCCGAGUGCAAGACGACUCAGCAAGGUGGCGAAUACGUGGGACGAGCGAACGCGACGAUCGCGGGCGAUCCGUGCGUUCCGUGGAAGGUCGCGUUUGGCGAGAUCGGGGUGUUUCUCCCUGCCUUUCCGGAUGGGGACCGUGUCGACUCGGAGCACAACUUCUGCCGGAAUCCGAUCGGGGCUGUUGCUCCGUUUUGUUACUAUCGAGACGAUUUCGACGAUUUUUGGGAGCGAUACUGCGACAUCCCGUUCUGCGAUCGGGAAGUGGGAGCAGUCGGAGAGGGCGUGCAUCCGGAAUGUCGACUUUCCGAAAGGGGGAAGGAAUACGUCGGGAGCAAGAACGAGACCGAAACGGGAAAGGGAUGCCUGCCGUGGGAUUCUCGACUCUACGACAGACGCUGGGAUUUUCGUUCCUUCGCUUCCGAAGCAUUUUUCGUGGACGGAUUAUUUAAUGCGCUCAGUGGGGAGUACGAGCUACCCAGUCACGAUCGCUGCAGAAACCCGGGAUCGUACCGAAGGCGACCGUGGUGCUUCGUCUCCGACGUGGACGCGAAGUGGGAGUAUUGCGACAUCCCCUUCUGCCACGACCUCGCUCCACCGGAAUGUAAAGUGAGUCAGCGAGGAGCGGAAUACGCGGGGAAGAAGAACGUGACAAUAUCGGGGUACCCCUGCCUGAAUUGGCUCUCGAUCGUGGAGGGAAAUAGGCCAUAUUCAUUUUCGGAUGAACUCGAUGGACGUCACACGUUCUGCCGCAACCCUGUGGGCUUCCUCAACGGUCCUGCUUGCUUCAUCAGCCAGAUGGACUGGGAGUAUUGCGACGUUCCAUAUUGUCAGUUCGACGAUGAAGAACGGUGCGACGUUCGAGUCGACGGGCAGUGCGUCAGUCCAGUCGAAUGCAAGACGGACGCGAUCGGCCUGUCGUACACGGGGACGAAGAACGUGACUCGCUACGGACACAAAUGCCAAGCGUGGAUGAGCAACUCACCGAACAACAAGGUUCCCAUCUUCGAGGACUACACGGACGAGCAGCAGAUCCUGAACCCGAGGGAGUCCGGCGACUACUACGGGACGGCCUCCUUCCCGGACGACGUCCACCCGCGUCACAACUUCUGUCGGAACCCAUUCGGCGACGAAGGAGGUCCAUGUCCCUUACACCCUAUGGGACUCACAAAGUUAGACCCACGCCGAAGGCGGUUAUACCGAAGGCGACCGUGGUGCUUCGUCACCGACGUGGACACGAACUGGGAGUACUGUGACAUCCCCUUCUGCCACGACUUCAGUUCACCAGAACCUGCGAAUGAAAGUGAUAGAAAAGGAGGAGAAUACGUGGGGAAGAGGAACGUGAUGAUAUCGGGCUUCCCUUACACCAAUUACCGUGAAGAGGAACGCCGUCCAAAAAAAAAAUUGGAGUUCCAGCAUACCUCUACUUCACUCGAUCAGCACAACCUCUCUCUUCCCACUGGGGCCAUCCCGCUCAUAACCGAGAACCCAGCCGUUUCGAGUUCGAUGGAGUCCCGUGGAUCAUGGGCGGAGAGACACGGGGCCUUCCUCGCGCUGUUGCUCUUACUGAGAAACGUCACAUCCAUCGAUUUCAUCCCUUAUUUGGCUGUGCAUCCGGGGCAGAGAUACGGAAACGUGACGUCCGAAUUUGAGACCGCAACUCUUGGAACGCGCGGCAUAAAAUGCGUGAUGCAGAAACCGACGCCCUGCUACGCCUUCAAUUGCCGGGAGACCGACCGCUCGUGUCAUUUGAUCCUCGACGCGAACGGCACCCUCUUGGAAGCCGAUGGAUACCGGUCCUUCGUCCAGAAUGUGACCCAGACCACCCUAUUCCCAUACUUAGGGUUAUGUCUCAAAAAGCAUCCCAAGAUCCCGAACGCCAAUGUGUCCUUCGAGGGAUGGAACGGCUCAUACCCAGCCCCAGCAGGCGGCACCGUCACCUUCCGCUGCCGCCAUCCGAAUGGGUUCACGGACGGCGCUCAUCUCCACACGGCGGCAUGUGCCCCCUUGGAUCCGGAUUCCUGGUGUAUCUCCUUCCAAGAGGGUGCUGUGGAAUGCGAGAAGGUACACGUGUAUCCAGAAUGUCGGCUGACAGAGAAGGGCAGGGAAUACAUAGGAAGGGUGAACGUGACGGAAUCGGGGCGGGGCUGUCUCGACUGGAGAGACUAUCCCUACGGUACACCAGACGACUUCAACGUCACGGUUGAAGUCAAGGAAUUUCUGGAAUCCAAAUCGCCAUUCGAUCCUGACAGAACGCCGGCGACGAACGCGGCGUUCGAGGUCCACUUCCUCAAUCUGGACUCCUGGUCUCACCAGAACUUCUGUCGGAAUCCGUCCGGAAGGGACAGACCCUGGUGCUUCGUUUCCGACCCCCCUGCAAAGCAAUGGGAAUACUGCGACAUCCCAACGUGCACAGACACAGGUAAAAACCCUUCGCUGCACUUCCAGCCCCCGGUGUUUCUCCCUGCCUUUCCGGAUGGGGACCGUGUCGACUCGGAGCACAACUUCUGCCGGAAUCCGAUCGGGGCUGUUGCUCCGUUUUGUUACUAUCGAGACGAUUUCGACGAUUUUUGGGAGCGAUACUGCGACAUCCCGUUCUGCGAUCGGGAAGUCGGAGCAGUCGGAGAGGGCGUGCAUCCGGAAUGUCGACUUUCCGAAAGGGGGAAGGAUUACGUCGGGAGCAAGAACGAGACCGAAACGGGAAAGGGAUGCCUGCCGUGGGAUUCUCAACUCUACGACAGACGCUGGGAUUUUCGUUCCUUCGCUUCCGAAGAAUUUUUCGUGGACGGAUUAUUUAAUGCGCUCAGUGGCGAGUACGAGCUACCCAGUCACAAUCGCUGCAGAAACCCGGGAUCGUACCGAAGGCGACCGUGGUGCUUCGUCUCCGACGUGGACGCGAAGUGGGAGUAUUGCGACAUCCCCUACUGCCACGCCCUCGGUCCACCGGAAUGUAAAGUGAGUCAGCGAGGAGCAGAAUACGCGGGGAAGAAGAACGUGACAAUAUCGGGGUACCCCUGCCUGAAUUGGCUCUCGAUCGUGGAGGGAAAUAGGCCAUAUUCAUUUUCGGAUGAACUCGAUGGACGUCACACGUUCUGCCGCAACCCUGUGGGCUUCCUCAACGGUCCUGCUUGUUUCAUCAGCGUCUACCUGACCCUCAUAACGCUGCAAGGUAUAACAGUCAAGCUGCUACUUCUUGCCACGCUGCAAGCUCAGCUGCCCGUCACGCAGUCACUCAUUUAUUUUCACAGACCGGCGUGGCUUUAA